CCGCCCUCGGACGCCCCGGGCCCCCUCUGAGCACGCCUCCCGCAAGCCCAGGUCCCUCUGGCCGGCGCACAGACGGGCCCCAGAGCUGUGGGUCCCUGCGGGGCGAUGGGCUGAUGGGCGCCGCGGGACGCAGGAUGCGGGGGGCGCCAGCGCGCCUGCUGCUGCCGCUGCUGCCGUGGCUUCUGCUCCUGGCGCCCGAGACCCGGGGUGCGCCCGGCUGCCCCGUCCCCAUUCGCAGCUGCAAAUGCUCGGGGGAGCGGCCCAAGGGGCUGAGCGGCGGCGCCCCCAACCCGGCGCGCAGGAGAGUGGUGUGCGGCGGCGGGGACCUCCCGGAGCCUCCCGAGCCCAGCCUUCUGCCUAACGGCACCGUCACCCUGCUCCUGAGCAACAACAAGAUUACUGGGCUCCGGAAUGGAUCCUUCUUGGGACUGUCCCUGCUGGAGAAGCUGGACCUGAGGAACAACGUCAUCAGCACGGUGCAGCCUGGUGCCUUCCUGGGCCUGGGGGAGCUGAAGCGUUUAGAUCUCUCCAACAACCGGAUUGGCUGUCUCACGUCUGAGACCUUCCAAGGCCUCCCCAGGCUUCUCCGUCUAAACAUAUCUGGAAACAUCUUCUCCAGUGUGCAACCUGGGGUCUUUGAUGAGCUGCCAGCCCUUAAGGUGGUCGAUCUUGGCACGGAGUACCUGACAUGUGACUGUCGCCUCCGCUGGCUGCUGUCCUGGGCCCGGAAUCGCUCCCUGCAGCUCUCCGAGCGCACCCUCUGUGCCUACCCCAGUGCCCUACAUGCCCAGGCCCUGGGGGGCCUCCAGGAGGCCCAGCUGCGCUGCGAAGGGGCCCUGGAGCUGCACACGCACCACCUCAUCCCAUCCCUGCGCCAAGUCGUGUUCCAGGGUGACCGGCUGCCCUUCCAGUGCUCCGCCAGCUACCUGGGCAAUGACACUCGCAUCCGCUGGUACCACAACCGGGCCCCCCUGGAAGGCGACGAGCAGGCAGGCAUCCUCCUGGCAGAAAGCCUCAUCCACGACUGCACCUUCAUCACCAGCGAGCUGACCCUGUCUCACAUCGGCGUGUGGGCGUCAGGGGAGUGGGAGUGCUCCGUGUCCACGGCGCAGGGCAACGCCAGCAAGAAGGUGGAGAUUGUGGUGCUGGAGACCUCCGCCUCCUACUGCCCUGCUGAGCGAGUCGCCAACAACCGCGGGGACUUCAGGUGGCCUCGAACUCUGGCUGGCAUCACAGCCUACCAGUCCUGCCUACAGUACCCCUUCACCUCGGUGCCCCUGAGCGGGGGUGCCCCAGGCACCCGAGCCUCCCGCCGGUGUGACCGAGCUGGCCGCUGGGAGCCAGGGGACUACUCCCAUUGUCUGUACACCAACGACAUCACCCGGGUGCUCUACACCUUCGUGCUGAUGCCCAUCAAUGCCUCCAACGCGCUGACCCUGGCUCACCAGCUGCGAGUGUACACAGCCGAGGCAGCCAGCUUCUCUGACAUGAUGGAUGUUGUCUAUGUGGCUCAGAUGAUCCAGAAAUUUCUGGGUUACGUUGACCAGAUCAAAGAGCUGGUGGAGGUGAUGGUGGACAUGGCCAGCAAUCUGAUGCUGGUGGACGAGCACCUGCUGUGGCUGGCCCAGCGCGAGGACAAGGCCUGCAGUGGCAUCGUGGGUGCCCUGGAGCGCAUUGGGGGGGCUGCCCUCAGCCCCCACGCCCAGCACAUCUCCGUGAACUCAAGGAAUGUGGCACUGGAGGCCUAUCUCAUCAAGCCACACGGCUACGUGGGGCUGACCUGCACAGCCUUCCAGAGAAGGGAGGCAGGGGUGCCGGGCAUGCGGCCCGGGGGCCCCAGCCAGAAUCCCUCACCGGAGCCUGAGCCCCUGGCUGAUCAGCAGCUCCGCUUCCGCUGUACCACAGGGAGACCCAGCAUUUCUCUGUCGUCUUUCCACAUCAAGAACAGCGUGGCCCUGGCCUCCAUCCAGCUGCCGCCCAGUCUGUUCUCGUCCCUUCCGGCUGCCCUGGCUCCCCCUGUCCCCCCAGACUGCACCCUGCAACUACUGGUCUUCCGAAAUGGCCGCCUCUUCCGCAGCCACGGCAACACCUCCCGCCCUGGAGCUGCUGGGCCUGGCAAGAGGCGUGGUGUGGCCACCCCUGUCAUCUUUGCAGGAACCAGUGGCUGCGGUGUGGGCAACCUGACCGAGCCAGUGGCCAUUUCGCUUCGGCAUUGGGCUGAGGGGGCUGAGCCUGUGGCAGCUUGGUGGAGCCAGGAUGGGCCUGGGGGCCCCGGGGGUUGGAGCUCCGAGGGCUGCCAGCUCCGCUCCAGCCAGCCCAAUGUCAGCUCCCUGCACUGCCAGCACUUAGGCAAUGUGGCUGUGCUCAUGGAGCUGAGUGCCUUCCCCAGGGCAGUGGGGGGCUCCGGGGCAGGGCUGCAUCCCGUCGUGUACCCCUGCACGGCCCUGCUUCUGCUCUGUCUCUUUUCCACCAUCAUCACCUACAUCCUCAACCACAGGUUCUAUCUGAUCGCCGGAGGCAUCCCACUCAUUAUCUGUGGCAUCACAGCUGCGGUCAACAUCCACAACUACCGGGACCACAGCCCCUACUGCUGGCUGGUGUGGCGUCCAAGCCUAGGAGCCUUCUACAUCCCGGUGGCUUUGAUUCUGCUGAUCACCUGGAUCUAUUUCCUGUGUGCCGGGCUGCGCUUAAGGGGUCCUCUGGCACAGAGCCCAAAGGGGGGAACCAGCAGGGUGUCCCUUGAGACAGGGGAGGAACUGAGGGGUUCCACCAGACUUAGGAGCAGCGGCCCCCUCCUGAAUGACUCAGGUUCCCUUCUGGCUACUGGGAGCGCUGGGGUGGUGACACCCGGGCCCCCGGAGGAUGGUGACGGCCUCUAUUCUCCAGGCGUCCAACUGGGGGCGCUGGUGACCACUCAUUUCCUGUACCUGGCCAUGUGGGCCUGUGGGGCUCUGGCCGUGUCCCAGCGCUGGCUGCCCCGGGUGGUGUGCAGCUGCCUGUACGGGGCGGCGGCCUCCGCCCUGGGACUCUUCGUCUUCACCCACCAUUGUGCCCGGCGCCGGGACGUUAGGGCCUCCUGGCGUGCCUGCUGCCCCCAGGCCUCGGCCUCCCGUGCCUCACCCGGGGCCGUGCCCGCCGCCCCAGAGGACGGUUCCCCCGUAUUCGGAGAGGGCCCCGCCUCCCUCAAGUCCUCCCCGAGUGGCAGCAGCAGCCACGCGCCGUCCCUGGGCCCCUGCAAGCUCACUAACCUGCAGCUAGCACAGAGUCAGGUGUGCGAGGUGGGGGUGAUGGCCCGUGGGGAAGGGGAGCCGGAGCCCAUGGGCUCCCGGGGCAGCCUCGCUCCCCGCCACCCCAACAACUUGCACCAUGGGCGCCGAGCGCACAAGAGUCGGGCCAAGGGGCACCGCGCGGGGGAGACCGGCGCCAAGAACCGGCUCAAGGUGCUGCGCGGGGGCGCGGCGGCCGGGGCGCCCGAGCUCCUGUCCAGCGAGAGCGGCAGCCUGCACAACAGCCCGUCUGACAGCUACCCGGGCAGCAGCCGCAACAGCCCGGGCCUCCAGCUCGAGGGCGAGCCCAUGCUCACGCCGUCGGAGGGCAGCGACACGAGCGCAGCGCCGCCUCCCGAGGCCGGCCGCCCGGGCCAGCGCCGCAGCGCCAGUCGCGACAACCUCAAGGGCGGCGGGGCCGGCGCGGAGCGGGAGGGCAAAAGGCGCUCAUACCCGCUCAACGCCGCCAGCCUCAACGGCGCGCCCAAGGGGGCCAAGUACGACGACCUCGGCGGGGCGUGCGCGGACGCGGCGGUCAGCGCCUGCAUGAAGACGGGUCUCUGGAAGAGCGAGACCACCGUCUAGGGCGGGGGUGGGCGACACUGCCAAACAUGCCGGCUUCUCGGGGACCCUCAAAGACGUCCAGCGGUACGUCAGCAGAUUUGAGGGAGAGGUGCCCAGGGCUUCCGCGGGCCACACUGGCUUUAGUCCCGGAGGCUGGGGAAAAGGACAGGCCAAAGGCCUGCCACUGCCAAGAGGGCCGUACCUCUGGGCUAGCGACGAUCCCAGGACCGCCAGCAGGAUACACACCUUCCCAGCCCAGGCUAGUUUGGGAAGCAGACUGUGCCGUCCAGGGUAGUGGGGGAAGGUCCUAUUGGCCUGGGAGGUGGGCACAGGCACAGCUCCCAGGUGGGCUCCUUCGGUACUCCCCACAUCUCAUCCACCCUGCCUCGCUGGUGGCCGUCCAUAUCAGGAAAACACAGACGGGAGCUCCAGAACCAUGUUAUCUCCUCACUGUCCUCUACAGUCAGCCAUCUGUGCCUAGGUCCUAGGGCCUCUCCCUGACCCAGCUUCCAGGGCAAGGAGGGGGCCAGUCUUGCAGAUGAGCCAGGCGGCCGUGCGUAUAGGUGCUACUUUUAAGAUAAACUAUGCAAGAGAAGGUGGAACAGUGUGAAAGGCAGCCCUGGAGAUGGCGUUCUAGGGAAAGAGUGCACAAUCAGGGACACAGGAGUGGUAUACAAAGCACAGGGCAGGGCUUAAGAGGUGGGGCUUUAGGACAAAGCAAGAGGCCCUGUGCCUGAGCUGCUGACUCCGCCAGACACCAGGUGAGAUCG